CCCGCCCAUUGCAGAAUGACGACUUCCAUCUUGCGAGCAAUGUUAUUAACGUCAUAUCCGUAAGAAACAACAAUAAAGCAAGUCCACGGUGUUGCUAUGGAGGGCUCCAAGUCCUCUAGCACCACCAUGCAGGUGAGCUUUGUGUGUCAGCGCUGCAGUCAGCCUCUCAAGCUGGACACAUCCUUCAAUGUGCUAGACCGUGUCACCAUCCAGGAACUUAUUGCUCCGCUGGUCACAGUGACGCCAAGCAAACAGACAGAAAGCAGUGACGUGGAAAGUGCACCAGAGGAGACCUUUGUGGAAACAAAGCAAGAUGGAGUUGCAAGAAAAUACAUCCCUCCUGCAAGGAUGAUGUCCACAGAGAGCACGAACAGCUUCACUCUGAUUGGAGAAGCAUCGGACGGGGGCAACAUGGAGAACCUGAGUCGGAGGCUGAAGGUGACCAGCGAUCUGUUUGACAUCAUGUCGGGCCAGAGUGAUGUAGACCACCCGCUGUGUGAGGAGUGCACAGAAACCCUGCUAGACCACCUGGACACACAGCUCAACAUCACAGAGAACGAGUGCCAGAACUACAAGAACUGCCUGGAGCUGCUGUCCCAGCUGCAGGAGGAGGAGGAGGACAGUCUGCUGGGUCAGCUCCAGAAGCUGGGCGAGGAGUCGUCGUUGCUGGUGGGUGAGCUGGAGGUGGUGGAGGAGCAGAGGGCCGCCGUGGCUGAGGAUCUGGUCCAGGGACGUAGCCACUCCCAGCAGCUAGACACUGAGGAACUGCAGUACCAGAAGGAGUACAGUGAGUUCAAGCGUCAGCAGCUGGAGCUGGAUGAUGAGCUGAAGAGUGUGGACAACCAGAUGCGCUACUGCCAGUUGCAACUCGACCGCCUGAAGAAGACCAACGUCUUCAACGCCACUUUCCACAUCUGGCACAGUGGCCAGUUUGGCACCAUCAACAACUUCCGCCUGGGCCGACUACCCAGCGUCCCCGUAGAGUGGAACGAGAUCAACGCUGCAUGGGGUCAGACCGUGCUACUGCUCCACGCCCUCGCCAACAAAAUGGGGCUACGUUUACAGAGAUACCGCCUGGUCCCAUAUGGAAACCACUCUUACCUGGAGUCACUCACAGACAAGUCUAAGGAGCUACCACUGUACUGUUCGGGGGGGCUACGCUUCUUCUGGGACAACAAGUUUGACCAUGCCAUGGUGGCCUUCCUGGACUGUGUGCAGCAGUUCAAGGAGGAGGUGGAGAAGGGAGACACGGGAUUCUGCCUGCCCUACAGGAUGGACGUGGAGAAGGGCAAGAUUGAGGACACAGGCGGCAGCGGCGGCUCCUACUCCAUCAAGACCCAGUUCAACUCGGAGGAGCAGUGGACCAAAGCGCUUAAGUUUAUGUUAACCAACCUCAAGUGGGGCCUGGCGUGGGUGUCGUCUCAGUUCUAUAACCGAUAGAGGAAGAUGACACCUUGAACUAUGGCCCUUCUAAAACCACAAUUCUGUCUCAAACCUUUUGAGAAGGUGGGAAGAGGACUGGAGGAGAUGUGAGGAAGGACUUUUGAGAUUCACACCUGGUGUGAGUUCCAAUCCAAUAAGUAUUGUUUCCUUGUUAUCCAAUUUCCAUAUUGACCAUUUGAAAGGGCUAGAUGACUUUAAUUGUACACAAAAUGUUCAAUUCCACCUAGACAAGUAGUGGUAAAUAAGGAAAUAUGAAAGGGGAGCCAUCUGAGACUUUUGGAACAUGUCCCAGGAGUGCAUCUUAAUAGUAGCUAAGUGCUUCCGGUUGUCUCUCUUCCUUCAUAUGUACAGAUCUUACAACACUGGAUAGGUGAAAGCAUCAAAUGCUGGGAAGGAGACUAGGAGAGGAAGCCACAUUGAACUACUGAGAUGCAGCACUGGAAUGUGCUCGUAUGGAUCACAUGCUUCCUACUUUGCUCCAGAAGCAAGACUAGAGGCACUGUCAAGUUCUGCGUGAUUUCUGGCUGACCACAGCUCUGCCCAAACUUGAAAACGGCUUUAUCCUUGAUGAACGCA